AUGGACUCGACAAUCGCCCCUAAACCACGGCCUCGGCCCGCCCAUACACAAGGAACUACUCGCUGCGCCUACACUCCCGAUGGAACUCGUCUCGUCACAGUCGGCUCCAACAACACGAUUCGUCUCUACAAAACAGGAUCUGAUGGAGAACCGAUCAAUAUCGAUGAUUGUCAGGAACAGAACAUGGCUGUUGCCGCUGGUGACGAAUUCUUUAUCGUUGGAUCCGAGGACGGCACCGUCAGUUUAUACUCCCUCGAGACACAUACCUUUGAGCGCUUCCUUACUCGAACUGUCCUGCCAAUUCGCGAUGUUGCAUUGUCUAGUGAUCGAAAAUGGUGCGCUGUGGCAAGUGAUGAGUUGAGUGUCAAGAUUGUGAACACAAAGGACAUCACACAGGUCAAGCACCUUCGAGAGCAUGCCCGCGCUGUACGAAAUGUUAGCUUCGAUCCUCAAGGGCGAUUGGUUGCGCUUUCUGGAACCGAUGGAAUCGUUUACGUAUAUUCUCUUACAGCUGAAGAGCCAGAACUGAUUCGAAAGGUGGAUGGUAUCAUUGGUGCUAUCGACGGAGAUAGCGAGACGUCAACACGUGUUGCGUGGCAUCCAGAUGGGAGAGCAUUUGCCGUACCAACACCCGUUAAAGACAUCCAGAUCAUCUCCAAGAAUGAUUGGGAGAAGCAAAGAACUUUCGCCAAUGGACAUUUGGCUGACAUUACUGCCAUAGCCUGGUCGCCCAAUGGUGCCUUGUUGGCGUCAGCAAGCAAAGACGGAAAGGUCAUCGUCUGGGAAACCAAGACACAGUCCGUCAUUGCAAGAUACGACUACUCUAAUGUCAUUGACAUUGCGUGGCACCCUACCAAGAACAUUGCGUCCUUCACGACCACCGAUGGUGAAGUCUACAUCUACCCAGACUUCCUCACAGACCAGUUCUCGCCCCUCUUGAAACUGGCCACACAACCUGCCCCCUUCAUUCACGACCCCCUUGCCGAGUUAUCUGCGAACCGAAGACCGCCUCAAGUCAACGGUCAGAAGCAACAAGGUCUGCCAACGAGACCCCGAAGGGAGUCACUUGGAAGUCUCGACUCAUUUCUCGAAGGCGGAGAUGGAUACGGUGAUGAUGACUUCGUGGAGGAUGAUGACGGUGCCGGGUACACUGUUGGGCAAGGUCAGAAACGAGCCCGGGACGGCGAUGAUGUCUACGGCACCUCAAGUAAGCGUCGCCAUAUGCUUGAGCCGCAAUACCACGAAGCAUUUCAACCAGGAGCGACUCCCUGGCGAGGGAACCGCAAGUACCUUUGUCUGAACCUGAUUGGGUUUGUCUGGACAGUCGAUCAGGACUCCCACCACACUGUUACAGUUGAGUUCUACGAUCACGAACUCCAUCGAGACUUUCACUUUAGCGAUACCUUCCUCUACGAUAAGGCCUGCUUGGCCGAGCACGGCACACUCUUCUCAUGCCCACCUAAGGAUGAUGCCCCUGCAGUCAUAUUCUAUCGACCACACGAGACAUGGACGCAACGACAUGACUGGCGCAUCGAAUUACCCAAGGACGAAGCUGUGACGGCCAUGUCCUUGAGUGAGUCUUUUAUUACAGUCACAACUAGCGCCAACUACGUCCGAGUAUACACCCUAUUCGGCAUGCCAUAUCGCGUAUAUCGACCCAAGAGCACACCAAUGGUGACAUGUGCAAGCUGGAGGGAUUACGUAUUGACUAUGGGCAAUGGACCCAUGGGCGCGGAUGGUAACACUCGCCUUCUGUACACCAUUGAAAAUGUCAAGAGAGAUGAGAUUUGCCAGAAUGAGGAUACAGUAGCACUACCCGAGGGCGCCACACUGAAGAGCGUCUUCUUCUCGGACAAUGGCGACCCCUGUAUCUACGACUCAACAGGCACUCUGCUUACACUUCUUCACUGGCGACAGCCUUCAAGGGCAUCAUGGGUGCCCCUUUUAGACACAAAAUUGAUGGAACGUCUAGCAUCAGGCCGCAAGAACGAGUCCUACUUCCCUAUUGCAGUGGCCGAUAACAAGUUCCACUGCAUCAUUCUCAAGGGUGGUGACCAGUACCCCUAUUUCCCUCGUCCACUUCUGUCUGAGUUCGAUUUCUCCAUCCCUAUAGCAUCGGCACCUAAAACCUCGAAGCGUAAAGCUCGGGAAGGAUCUGAGGAUCUUGACAUGGCCGAUGGCGAUGAAGAUAAGGACGAUGAAGAUGAUGGUUCUUCAGAAACUCGCAAGCUCGAGCAGCAGUUCAUGCUUCAUAAUGUGAAGGCAGCUCAGCUCCGAGAUCUCAUGGAGGCUACAUCAGGCAGCCACACACUACGCUCGCAGCUCUCACGUCUUGAACUCGAUAUCGACAAGACUCUCCUGCAACUUCUCGCGGUUGAGUGUCGUGAAGGUGAAGAGCGAGGCAUGCGUGCGCUGGAGAUGGUACAGCUGAUGCGGGAUCGUACAGGCCGCAUGAUGGAGGCUGCUGGUAGAGUAGCAGAGAGAUAUGGAAGGACGAUAUUGGGAGAAAAGAUUCGCGAGGUCGGUGAGAAACGGGUUGGAGGACUGGAAGAUGAUGACUUUCCAUAA